AUGCACGCGCGACAAUCUGUCCCUGGCGGCGGCAUGCCAGACAAAGAAAACACGCAUCCAGCUGAACGUGUGCACAAGAAGCGCGCGGCUAGCAUGGGUGGUGCAGAAUAUGCCGCGAAACUAGGUAUCAGUCCCGAGCGCCGUGCUGCGGUGCGCCAGCCGCGCAAGUCGGCGAUCCGCGCGACUCCACAAGUAUUUGAAAGUCCCACGGGCCUCGGCCCGAACCCAGAGCACGCUCAUAUUCGUCCAUCCGCUGCGGCGGAUAUGGCAGUGUACGUGGCGGAGACGGCGCGUGCUGGUCUGCAAGGUAUGCCGGCGCUGGACGAGCGGCUCUUGUCUCCAGGCCUGCCGAAUCCGUUUGCGAGUGUAUACCGUGAAUCGCCUACGAAGCUGCAGGAGUCGCCCAGUAAAUCUACCGGCUCGACACAGGCACUCGGGACGCCCAGUGCGCACACCAUAGCUAUCCCUCCCACGCUCCCCGCCCUCGACAUGGACGAUGCAAGAGGAAGGCGCCGUGUGACGUUUAGUGCGCGCCAGAAAAAAACCGAUUUCGAGCAAGACGAGCCGACAAUGAGCAUACGUCCUGCUCAAGACGUGCACGAUGAUUCGCAGUCCAGUGUGGACAUGAGCGGCACGACCGAGGUAUCGAUGGACAUCUCAGCAGACGUCUUUGAUGCCAGCACCUCGCUGGGAGAUACGAUGGACCUUACAGAGGCCUGGACGCCGCACGCAGAUGAGAGCGGAGCAAUGUCCAUGGACGACCAGAGCACGAUGGAAUUCACCCAAGCGCACGGCCGCAUUGUCCGCGCGCAGGAGGCAAAUACCAGUGCAUCUAUGGACGAGUCCACGAUGGAAAUGACGGCGGUAUGGGGCGAGUAUGCGCGCGAGGCAACGCAGGCGCGCGAGUCACAGUCGCCCGAGCGUUCGCCGGACCGGCGCAAGACGAUGCUGCUGCUUCCAAAGGACGCCACGCCACGCCCCGCAGCGACUCCUGCGACACCUACGCGGCUCAGGCAGUCUUUGCGUGCCGGCGUCGCCUCGCCGCAGUACACGCACUCGCCCGCCCGUCGCGCUGCGCCGCACACGCCGCCCGUAGCCUCGCGCUCGCAGCCUGCAUCGGCCACUCGCUCGGCAUCGCCGCAUUUUGCUGCACGCGCGCGUGCAUCGAUGGGCGCAUCUGCCGAUCCUAUGGCGUGGCCGCGCUCGCCAUUUAUCCACAACCUGCUCAAGCAGCGCGGCCGUCGUUCCUCGCCCAUGCGUGCAGACGUGUCGCUGGACGAGGCGGCCGUGAGCGACACAUCCUUUCAUAUGCACCUCGCCGACUUUUUGGCCGUGAUCGACCUUAAAUUCCACGAAGAUAUGCAAGCGUCGCGCUCGAGGCCCGCGCGCAGCGCCGAGCGCGCCCAAGGCACUUCGGUCUUGGAGCAAGUGCGCCUUGCGAGCGGUGCGGCGCCCAUGCUACGCACGCUGCAGAACGCGUGUACCGAGCUGAAGCAGCACGUUGAAGACGGCCGUCUGCGCCUUGAAAGCAUGGAAGAAGAUUUCUACACGCACCCCCCCGCAUUUGUGCAGGAAUGGGGGCAGUUGGAAGACGAAGAUAUGCGGCGGAGCAUGAAAGGCCAGUUGAAUGUACAUAAACAGGCUGCACGCGCCGCUGCAAUGCAUGACUACUACGGCUGGCGCACCGAUAUGCAGUUUGACGAGGAGCUCACGGCGAUGCUUUCGCGCCACCGCGACAUACUGGAGCACGAUGCCGAGACUGUGCAUGCAAAGCGCGCGCGUCUGGAAGCAGAGCUUUUGCCUGCGUUGCGUGCAUCACACGCCGCGCUCGCGCAAAAGGUGCAAGAUGCGCGUGCAAAGCAGCAGGCCAUUGCAGCGUGCGAUCCGGACGAGCUUCGCCAACUACACGCCUCCAUCGAGGAGCAGCAGCAGGUGCUGCAGACGAUGCAGGCAAAACGCACCGAGGCCGCCGAGCAGCUCGCACGUGCACGCGCACGCCUCGACGAAACGGCCAGCAAGCGCGAGCAGACACUGGAAGCGAUUCAAGACGCGCGCGCGAUCAGUGAUCAGAUCCAGGGGUGUUCGCCAGCCGAAGCGGCGCGGCUGGAGCGGCGCAUCGCGCAUGUCGAAACGCUCAUGCAGUGGCAGCUGACCCACCGUACCUCGACACUGCUCCAGCUCACGCAUGCCAAGUCCUUGGCCGUGACCAUCGAGCUCGGCGGACGUCGCGCAUUUGUGAAGCGCGUCGCGGUUUCGCCCAUCCUUCCUGUAGAGGCCUCGCCGAUGCACGUUGCAGCGCUCGCCAUGCUUCGUGUGCAUCUCAAGGAACAUGCGCCGCAAGAGACGCCCGCAGUGCUGCGUAUGGUCACACGGUUGUGGCUAGCAUAUCGGCGCACGCGAGCCGAAGUGGAUCGGCUGCGCACGCAUGUGCCUGUAACGUGCCAGCGAAGUAAUCGGCGGCCAGAGACUGCGCUGGAGAUGACUGCUAUUGUAUUCCUCCCACACCAAGAGGCCAAGGCGCGCGUCACGAUCGAGAUCGACUUUGAUGCGCCGGUGCCGGUGCUUGCAGAGAGUGUGUGCGUGGAGCGCGUCUAUGGAAAUCUGGACACUGCCCAGCUAGCAGCAUCCAUCCGGCGCGAACUGUCUGUCAAGCCGCAAGAGGCCGGCGCACUGGCUCGCGCAUUUGUGCAUGCAUGCGCGCGUCAAUAA